UCAGAUCGAUAGAGUAGCUCUUGCCUCGCUCGGUUCCGUGUCACCCCAUCUCCUGUAGCUCAAAAGCAAACGAGCAGGUUGCAAGAAAGUAGUUGAGCGAGUCUCUCUGCUUGUCCUGCCAUCUAGCUAGCUAGUGUGUGCUAGUAGCUUGUCCGGCCAUCUAGCUAGUGUGAGCAGGGAGGUAGCUAGGGAUCGAUGGGGCUGAGGGAGAUCGAGUCCACAUUGCCGCCGGGGUUCAGGUUCUACCCCAGCGACGAGGAGCUGGUCUGCCACUACCUCUACAAGAAGGUGACCAACGAGCGCGCCGCGCAGGGGACGCUGGUCGAGGUCGACCUGCACGCGCGCGAGCCGUGGGAGCUUCCAGACGCGGCCAAGCUGACGGCGAGCGAGUGGUACUUCUUCAGCUUCCGGGACCGCAAGUACGCGACGGGGUCGCGCACGAACCGCGCCACCAAGACGGGCUACUGGAAGGCCACCGGCAAGGACCGCGAGGUGCGCCACCCCGGCCCGGCGGCGGCGUCGCGCGCCGUCGUCGGCAUGAGGAAGACGCUCGUCUUCUACCAGGGCCGCGCCCCCAACGGCGUCAAGUCCUGCUGGGUCAUGCACGAGUUCCGCCUCGACUCGCCGCAGACGCCGCCCAAGGAGGACUGGGUGCUCUGCAGGGUGUUCCAGAAACGGAAGGACGGCGAGCAGGACAGCGCCGCCGGCUCGCCCUCGCCGACCUUCGCCGGCUCGUCGUCGCAGGCGGCGGCGGCUAUGCCGGACGACCACCGGCCCGUCAUGGACGCGUACGUUGACCAGACGGCGGCGGGCUCCUCCGCCGGCUUCGCGCCGCCGCCGCAGGAGGACGCCGUCAUCGGUGGCUUCGACCCGGUGCUGAUGAACGCGGCGGCGAUGUGGCAGUACGGCUCGGUCCUCGACUACCACUUCCCGCCGCAGGAGGUGACCAGCUCGCCGAUGAUGGCCGGGCUAGGCUCCAGGGGUGUGGGGGACGGGUGCGGCGGCUUCUACUACGACACCGGCUUCGAGGACAUGGCGAACAUUGGGGGCAUGGGGUUCGCGCAGGGGUGGAUGGGCUAGCAACGCAAGCUGCGCAUCAGUCAUGGAUCGAUUGUGCAUAGAUUGAAUUAAUUCCAUUGGUACCCUCUAGUAUUCUGUAGUGUGAGGUUAAGAUUGGAAAUUCUUAGAGUGCACCUCGCCCAAAGAAAAGGGAAAGAAAAGUAGUGUGCAUGUGCAUAAGAUAGAUGUUCUAUUUGAUUCACAUUCGUGCAUGACGCCAAUUGUAUAUAUGUAUCUCUUCAGUGUUAUGUAUGUAAAUAAAAUAAUAGUCAAUUCAAGUAUAUGCGUGUGUUGUAUC